CGAGAUAGGAUUCCAACGAUCCAAUCCUGUUGCUUACCCCGCGCCGCCCAUUUCUAGCCACUGAAGCAUUUCUUCUAAUACAAAAUAUGCAUCCAUUCUUCUUCUUCUUCAUUGCGAGGAAGAGCUACGGCCUGCUGUGUGUGCCGCCCCUCCUCUUCUCCUCCAUCCAUGGCAGCAGCAGCAGCCACUGCCACCUCUCCAACUCCCAUCGCAACCUUUCCGACGCUCUCGCUUCCUCGCCGCUCCCAAUCGGCAUUUGACAAACGCCCGACCCUCACGGCGUCGCGAUCCACCGCAUUCUCACGCGCAAGUCCUUCGCCCGCACCGAGAUCCGAUAUCCGAUCUCUCCGUCCUCUUUCUCCUCUUGUAUCUCGCUCGUUCUUGCACUGGCAGGAGGACGCCGAGGCCCGUCGCUUGCCCGCGCUGAGAUCCGCCGGCACCGACAGCGAUGCCCUUGGAUCCCUCGCCUUUCCCGGUGCCCUACGGAUCCUGCAUCUGGCCUUGUCCCUCGGGAUAAUUCUUACGGCCGAUAAGCUUCUGAAGAAGGCUUUUGUCGCCGCUUCGAUCAAGUUCCCGAGCGCCCUCUUCGGCAUGUUCUGCGUGUUCUCGGUGCUGACGGCCUUAGAUUACGCCGCUCCGUCCGCUGCGAAGGGCGUGAUGGACUUCUUUGAACCGGCGACUACGUUCAUUCAACGAUGGCUCCCGUUGUUUUAUGUUCCUUCCUUGGUGGUUUUGCCUCUUGCUGUGAGAGAUGUUCCUGCGGCUUCGGGUCUCAAGAUUUUUGUUAUCCUUGUUGGUGGCUGGUUGGCGUCGCUUUCUGUUGCAGGUCAAACAGCAAUAACUGUGAGAAAACUUGUAAAAACAGAAAUGAUACCAGCUGAACCCAUGCCAAAAGCCUCUCCAUUUUCAAAUGUUGAGCUUUGGACUUGGGCUUCUAUUUUCCUUUCAACAUUUGUUCUUGCUUAUGUUAAUCCAACAGCACUUGGUACAAGUGCAAGGACAUGCCUCCCGUUCUUGCUAGCUGCAACAGUCUUGGGAUACAUGGUUGGUUCUGGGUUACCAUUUAAUGUGAAGAAGGUAUUCCACCCAAUUAUCUGUUGUGCACUCUCUGCUGAUCUGGCAGCUGUAACUUAUGGAUAUUUCUCAAAGAGUAGCUUGGAUGCUGUCCUAGCUGAUUACCUUACAAAAAUGUCAUCAAAUCCUGGAGCUGGUGAUAUUCUUAUGGGCUUUCUUGGAUCUGUUAUAAUUUCAUUCGCCUUUUCUAUGUUUAAACAAAGAAAGCUUGUCAAGAGACAUGCUGCUGAGAUCUUCUCAUCAGUGAUUUUUGCAACUAUUUUCUCUCUGUACUCAACUGCAAUCAUAGGGCGUCUUGUUGGGCUAGAACCAAAUUUAACCAUUUCCAUCCUACCAAGGUGUAUAACAGUGGCAUUAGCCUUGAGCAUAGUGUCUUUCUUUGAAGGUGCAAAUCCAUCUCUGACUGCUGCAGCGGUAGUUCUAACUGGUGUGGUGGGAGCAAACUUUGUGCAAACUGUAAUGGAUAAACUCCGCCUUGAUGAUCCUAUUGCUAGAGGAAUAGCAACAGCUUCUAGUGCUCAUGGAUUAGGGACAGCAGCACUGUCUGCAAAGGAACCGGAGGCACUUCCGUUCUGUGCCAUUGCUUAUGCAUUAACUGGAAUCUGUGGAUCAUUGAUUUGCUCUGUUCCAAUUGUAAGACAAAGCCUUCUGUUUAUAGUUGGUUGAGAAAUAUCUUCUGUGCACACGCAUUUGAUCAUUCCGUUACAUCGACGAGAUGAAUGAAAUCCUCUGGCAUUUUUCUCCAAACUGAAAUGCCUCUUGUACAUUAACAGUGUAACCAUCUAAAAAUAAAGUGGAAAAAUUAUACUUACAA